AUGGCUUCUCUGUUAGCUAACGGUAUUUCAAGCUUCUGUCCUCAAGCUGCUUCAGAGCAACCGAAGCUGAUUCCAAAAAGGUUUCAUCCAAAGCUCGAUUUUUUUAAGCUUUCGGGUGUGAAAACCUCUGUUCCGAAAAGGGUCUUCAAGGUCCGAGCAGAUGUUGGGUACGACCCGAAAACGAUCGACCCGGAUGUCUCACAAGGUAAGCUCUCAAUCGAGGAAUUUCUUCGUAACCGUGAGUACGACAAGAAAUUUGGGUUUAAUAUAGAUAUAGAUUCGUUUUCGAUUCCAAAAGGGCUUUCUAGGGAGACCAUACGCUUAAUCUCUUCGCUGAAAGAAGAGCCUGAUUGGAUGCUUGAGUUUAGAUUGAAUGCUUUUGAGAAAUUCUUGACUAUGAAAGAGCCCAAAUGGUCUGAUAAUCGAUAUCCUGUGAUUAAUUUUCAAGAUAUGUGUUAUUACUCAGCACCCAAGAAGAAACCCGCCUUGAAUAGCCUUGAUGAGGCGGACCCUGAACUUCUUAAGUACUUUGAUAGAUUAGGAGUGCCGUUGAAUGAGCAGAAUCGAUUGGCUAAUGUUGCAGUCGACGCAGUUCUUGAUAGUGUCUCGAUAGCCACGACACAUAGGAAGGCAUUGGAGGAAAAAGGCGUGAUCUUUUGUUCAAUAUCGGAGGCGAUUAGGGAGUACCCGGAUUUAGUUAAGAAGUAUUUAGGUAGAGUUGUGCCCACUGGGGAUAAUUAUUAUGCUGCCUUGAAUUCUGCGGUGUUCAGUGAUGGAUCAUUUUGUUAUAUACCCAAAGACACUAAGUGCCCGAUGCAAAUUUCAACAUAUUUUCGGAUAAAUGCAUUGGAAACGGGGCAGUUUGAGAGAACUUUGAUAGUGGCUGAUGAUAGGAGUUUUGUGGAGUAUUUGGAGGGGUGUACUGCACCUUCUUAUGAUACAAACCAGCUUCAUGCUGCAGUAGUAGAGUUGUACUGUGGUGAGGGUGCAGAGAUUAAGUACUCCACAGUGCAGAACUGGUAUGCCGGGGAUGAGCAAGGGAAGGGAGGGAUUUACAAUUUUGUCACCAAGCGAGGGCUUUGUGCUGGGGCUCGCUCAAAGAUAUCUUGGACCCAGGUGGAGACAGGGUCUGCCAUUACUUGGAAAUACCCAAGUGUUAUUUUGGAGGGUGAUGAUUCUGUGGGUGAAUUCUACUCAGUAGCUUUGACUAAUAAUUAUCAGCAGGCAGACACAGGUACAAAGAUGAUACACAAAGGCAAAAAUACGAGAAGUAGAAUUAUUUCAAAGGGCAUAUCAGCUGGGAAUUCAAGGAACUGUUAUCGGGGCCUUGUACAGGUUCAAUCAAAGGCAGAGAAUGCUAAAAACUCCUCACAGUGUGAUUCAAUGCUUAUUGGAGACAGUGCAGCUGCCAACACCUACCCAUAUAUCCAGGUAAAGAAUCCCUCAGCUCGUAUUGAACACGAAGCCAGUACCUCCAAAAUUGGUGAAGACCAGCUAUUUUACUUUCAGCAGAGAGGAAUUGACUAUGAGAAAGCCAUGGCUGCUAUGAUAUCUGGGUUUUGCCGGGAUGUAUUCAAUGAGCUCCCUGACGAGUUUGGGUCUGAGGUGAACCAAUUGAUUGGUUUGAAGCUUGAAGGAUCUGUGGGUUAG